CUGGCACGGGAUGGGAGACAGCUGUUGUAAUCCCUUAAGCAUGGGUUUUAUCAAAAAAAUGGUUGAGAAGAAAAUACCUGGAAUUUACGUCUUAUCUCUAGAGAUUGGGAAGACCCUGAUAGAGGAUGUGGAGAAUAGCUUCUUCUUGAACGUCAAUUCCCAAGUAACAUCAGUGUGUGAGAUUCUUGCUAAGGAUCCUAAAUUGCAGCAAGGCUACAAUGCUAUGGGAUUCUCCCAGGGAGGCCAAUUUCUGAGGGCAGUGGCUCAGAGAUGUCCCUCACCUCCCAUGAUCAAUCUGAUCUCAAUUGGGGGACAACAUCAAGGUGUUUUUGGACUCCCUCGGUGCCCAGGAGAGAGCUCUCACAUCUGUGACUUGAUCAGAAAAACACUGAAUGCUGGGGCUUACAAUAAAGCUGUUCAAGAACGGCUGGUACAAGCAGAAUACUGGCACGACCCCAUAAAGGAGGACAUGUACCGCAACCACAGCAUCUUCUUGGCAGAUAUUAAUCAGGAGAGAGGUGUCAAUGAGUCCUACAAGAAAAACCUUAUGGCCCUGAAGAAGUUUGUGAUGGUGAAAUUCCUCAAUGAUUCCAUUGUGGACCCUGUGGAUUCUGAGUGGUUUGGAUUUUACAGAAGUGGACAAGACAAGGAAACCAUUCCCUUACAGAAGACCACUCUGUACACACAGGACCGCUUGGGGCUAAGAGAAAUGGACAAUGCAGGACAACUAGUAUUCCUGGCUGUAGAAGGGGACCAUCUUCAACUGUCUGAAGAAUGGUUUUAUGCCAACAUCAUACCCUUCCUUGAGUGAAACCUUUGCAACUUGCUCCAGAGCUCAGGGAGCCCCCAGCACUUCCAAACUAGUGAAGACUGUUCCCUUCAUGCCCAAGCCGGAGCACAGGUCCAGCUUGCAACUAACCCUUUUCUCUAGUCAUCAUCUAACAUGACCUACUUAGGAAGAUCUAAGAUCCAAAUCUUAUCCUUUGCCUCAUCCUAUCAGCAUAUGGUGUUGAAUGCAAGUUUAAUUAGUUAAUAACCACAGAGAUUAUUUUACAACCAUUUGAUGUAGUCAAGCUGUCUCAGGAAAUAGUCUGCUGCAAGUCAGUGCCAGAACUGUGCCCAGGCCCAGAAGAGACUGAACUAAAACAGUGACAUAGAUUCUGAGGGCAAACAUCUUUCUCACAUAAAUCUAGCCACAUUUCAAGCCAGAAGGCCAAUACCUAGGCCUGAGGUAGUCACAGACAUGCUUUCUGUUUUGCUGGUGGGGAUUUAACCAGUGCUUACAAGAGUAUUGCUUGAAUGUUGCUAUAUAAUCUAAGGCUACCCUCCUCUCCUUGAGUAUGUUUUCUUCUGUAGUGUCUAGCAAUUAGACAAAUUCUACUAACCCACCAUCUAGCUUCAGUAGCACUCUUGGUCUCCUCCGAUUGUGAUACAUUAGUUGCUGCAAUAAAAGGAGGGAAGUAACACCCGAUUGGAUUGUUUAAGCGAGGAAGUGUGGGUAUUGCUUAACUUAGAAAGGGAGGUGAAGAAAAAUGUAGAAAUGGAAAUGAAAACUGAGGAGGUGGCUGGUUCUUUCCAUCCUUAAUAUGUCAUCACAAUAUGACUAGUGGUCUGGAUUAAGUCACUCUAUUACUGGUAUUAACAGAGAAUGGGAGGAAAACAUGGAGAUCAGGCUAAUUUCCAUUAUAAAAAAACAUAUUUACUGGUACACUCCAAACUUGUUUAAGAUGUGUUCGGUGA